AUGUUUUCUAGACCCAUCGUCCAUACCGCCAGAUCGUCCUUGAGAUCUUCCCUGCUGGGUUCCCAGCAUGUCGCCGCCCUCAGACGUGUUGCUGCUGGUGCUGCUCCAAGAGCUGCUGCUGUCAAUGCCGGCAACCGGGCUAGCUUUUUUUCUACUUCGGUGAGCACGAAGAACGAGGCCAAAACACAAUUGCAUGAGGUCCUCUCCCAGGAGUUGAAGUUCGAAGAGAGCGACGCCUUCGGCUUGGACGAGUCCUUCAAAACAUACUUGAAUGAAAACAAUAUCGAAAUCGUGAAGACCGACGGCAAGGUUUUGGCCGAGCUUGUCAAAAAGACUCCUACUGAAAACAUCCACAUCUACUUCGAUAUUUUGCGGAUCUCCCAGACCUCGUACCAAUUGAAGCAGAUGCAGGAGCAGGUCGAGAACUCCGAGUAUCUGGAGGACGAGAUUGCAGACAUUGCCUUUGCCGACGUCAACGUCGUUAUUGUCAAGGACAAAAAGGCCACGGGUUUUGACUUGUCCUUGUCGUUGAUCGACUCCUCGUUCUCCGUCUCUGCCAUCACCAACUUUGAGGACGCCAAGCUCGCCUUGGACGAGUCUCCAGAGGCUUCUGCCGUCAGAGACUUGAAAUACUCCGGUCCGGAAUUUAACAACCUCGCCGAGGAGUUACAAGAAGCCAUCAACCAGUACUUGAAUUCCAGAGGAAUUGACAAUGCCUUGGCCGACUUCAUUCUUGCCUACUCUGGCGUAAAGGAGAACAACGAGUACCUCGACUGGUUAGACAGCUUGAAGAAGUUCACCGCUUAA